CCUCCCACAGCCUGGAUGAAAUUGUCUGGUGGGCCGGAUCUGGCCCUUGGGCUGUAUUUUGCCCACCCUUGCUCUACCUGUUGGUUUAUGCCUAGUGUCACAAGGUAUUCAUGAUGGCUUUGUUGGUUUGUGACUGAAAUAUUACAAGUUGAACAAAGAUAUAACUUUUAUAUGCCAUCUAAGAGCUCUUAUAUAUCCAUUUAAGAUAUUUAGAAUGUAGAACUAAGAUAACAUGUCACAUCCCUUUCUUGGUACUCUUGCUAGCUUUGUGUGGUCAUUUCACAGAAAAUCUAAUCAUGACAGCACAUCACUAAGCUCAUUCUUCUAAUCUUUAGAAACAUGAACAAGAAUUGAACUAAUUAAAAAAUAAAUAAUUUAAAACAAAUUAUAACCUUAGAAUCUUUAUAUAGUUCUGCUUUAGUAAAGAGCCUAUUCUUCCUCUGUCAUUAUUUAGGCUGACAAAAAUAGGUAAAUAGUUUGAUGCAAGAAAUAGAGCAUUUCCAAGAAAAUAGUUCAGCCUUAUCAUUUAAAUUUUUCCUAUGAAGGGCUUUGAAAUAUUAGGUCUGAACGAUACUCUAUGGUGUUUCUAGGUUGCUAGAACUCAAAGCACGUGGGAAACUGUUGUGAAAAAUAAAAUUUCACAGAUUCCUCAAGAUUUUCACAUUCAGGACCAGUUAUUGGUCAAAUCCUUAUUACUAAUAGUGCUGCAGAUUUCAAAUGCCAAUGAGACUUUGAAAUCAAUUAGAUUACCUGAUGAGGCUAGAACAUUUUGCCUUAUUGUGAAUGACACUUUAUACAGAAGUACCUCAAAAUGUUUCACAGUGAGUCAUACCAAAAUGACCAUCCAUUAUAAUGUAAUAUUGAUGCAGUUGAUAGAAACUAAUAAGAAAGAAUGAUACUGCAGAAUUCCCUUCCAUGUUGCAUUGAAAAUUUACCCCACUUUGUACCAACUGCUUCUGGAAAACAAAAGGCAUAAUUUUAAUGUAUUUACAGAGUCUUUCUACAGUAAUUUCCUGUAGAUAUUUCCCUAAUUUUCCAACUGAAUUUGUAAGAUAGUAUCCUGUAUUUCUCAGAAGUCUGUGCUAUGUAAAGCUAUGGUAUCCUGCUUCUAGAAGAGUCAUAGUUUCCCAUAAAAUGACUAAGCUGUCUCACUCAUUCUAUAAAUCUCUUCUGCAAUAAUCACAUUUCAACAUUCCUUGUGCAGGGUCUAAUCCUGUUCCUACUGAGAUUUCUGGUAAAUCUCACAGUGCCUGCAAUGGGAACAGGACUAGACCUUACAACUAGAGGUAUACAGAAUAACAAAGGCAUUAUUUUGAAUUACACAUUUGGUAUUAGAACAUUUGUAAUUCUCUUUGGUUUUUAGUUUAGUCCAAGGUAAUUUGCACUGAUGUCUUUCAGUAAUCUGACUAACUCAGUUUAGAGUGCCAUAAACAAAGCAAUAAAAAUCAAUGACUGUCACUAGGAACAACCUGAAGUGAAAUGUUCUGCUUCAUAGCUGCUUGGUAGAGGAACAUUCCAAAGAGAACUGGGAUCAUUAGCAGUGGGCACGUUGACCAGUUCAUUAAUGCGUCUUAGGUACUGCGCAUUUAAUUUAGUACUUGCUUAAUACAGUACUUAUUAAAUGAGCAGUGGCUAGAGUUACUGUGCACUAGCACAUGGUUAUUUUGUGAUGCUUACUUCACAUUAGUCUAAUAACACUGCGCAGUAGGCCAACAAUUUUUAACCACCACACAACUCAGAGGUGUAGGAGGCGCACAGGGGUGCACAUGCACCCGCCGAGAGCAAGUGCUCUCAGCUUAGGCAAUGGGUAGUGGAGGCAGGCAGAACACUGAUGCCCCACCUCCGGAGAAGUGCCACUGGAAUUUCCAGGCUCAGCAUCUGGCUGUGGGGAGACCCCUGCCCAGCCCCGACACUGCUGUGGCCACCUGCAGACAGUCUCCGCUUGGUCUGCCCUUGCCACUGAUGUCAGCAUGGCCGCCUGUGGGCGGUCCAUCGACACGCCCCACCACUGCCUGCAGACAGUCAUUUUGCCCCCCCAGCCUCGGGAGGCACAUGUCGCGUAUGACGCUACUGCACAGUGUUAUUAGGCUAACGCGCAGUAAGCAUCUUGCGUAGAAACUCUUGGUUGCAUACAUAUGGUAGUCAGUAUCAAAAUUUGUUAAUUAAAGCAUACAUGCAUGUAAUAACAAUUAUGUCGUAGUAAUACUAUGCUGGUACUAUAUGAUUGCGUAGCAUGGACCUGAUCUUGCUCCUACUAGAAGUAAUGACAAAGCUCCCACUGACUUAAUUGAAAAUGGAAUUAGACCUAUUGAAUGGCUAAUCUCUCAUGUUGUGAAUUUGUAAUAUUUUACAAGAGGAAGGAGAAAUAAUCUUAUAAUGCCAUCUGCCAGCUUUGAAGCUGAAUGGAAUGGACUAUGUCAGUUAUAGGGAGGGCUGUCUUUAAAGUGACUUUGCUGUUUAUUUGUCUUAUUCUGGCUUUCUGGUUGCUUAGUAACAAACAUUUUUUUGUGCAAAACUGCAGUAUGUGAAAUUUUAACAGGUUGGUAAAACUUAAGCAUCCAAUUAAUAUACAUUUGCUCUACACAGUAUUUAAAUGAAAUGGCCACUUCCAUUUUUUCCUUCUGCAGGCUGUGGUUUUAGAGAAGCAGGGAGAGAUAUGUAUUUGUGAACAGAGAUGAACAGUAAGUUUGAGGUAUAGUACUUCUGAAAUAAGUAGUUUGUCUUUUCAGAUAGAUAAUAUGGUAUUUGUAAACUUAUAAAAGAAAAUAUACAUUUGGUUUUUAAUAAACCAUACAUAACCCACCCUCUUUAGUUAAUUAAUGUUUGUGAACAAUUACAUCUUUUCCAAUUAAACCACCAAAACAUUCAGUGUCAAACAUUUGACUUCAAGCUUCCCAGGCAGUAAAGCAAAGAAUGUUGAACAGGAGACCAGGUACACUCCACACUUAAAUCCAGACUUUGAGAGCCCGGUGAGGAAAUUCCCACAGAAAUAUGAACCUGAACCAGCUACUACAGCAUCCUAAGUGGGGAGCAAGUUUCCGAUCAAUUAGAGUAAGCCCAUUGGUACAUGUAGAUUCAGUGUCGAACUAUGAAGUCUCAUAACAGUGGAGCUAUAUGGCAGGCCCAAAGAGGUAAUAAAGCUUCUCUGUUCCAGUUACAAGUUCAUAGGUAAAACUGAUCAGGGAUUUUUUGAUGUGCUGAUUUUUUUAACCAGAAAAUUCCAGUGCAUCAUAAUUGAAACUUUUUUUCUUCCAUGGAAAGGGAGGUCUUGGCAAAUUUUCCCUUUCAAAACCUUUUUGGAAAAUAGUUAAAAGUCACAAAAAAUCCUUUUUUUGAAAUUUCAGUUAAAAGGUAGAUUUUUCAUUGGUUCUAAAGGGACUUUUUUAAUGUGUUUUUAAUGUGUAUACACUUUUUUAAAGUGUAUUUUUUUUAAAAACCAUUAAAAAAGGAUAAAAUGGAAGGGGAAUGUUUCGGAAUUACCAAACAAAACAUUCUGAUUGAUCCAAGUGGAAGUUUUAGAUACUUAGUUCAUUAACAUUUUCCAUAUUUCAGCUUUUUGGGUCUCCGAGUUUGUCUUGUAAGACUAUUUCCUAUCCAGCUCUCCUCUACUCUACUUCCCCCAGGAACACAAAAUUAAAUCUGGCCCUAAUACAUAUUGUAUCCUUAUCACAUCUUCGUACCAAGACAUUACUACUCCAGGUCUCCAGUCCCAUGAACGAAGAUGAUGAAUUAGCACAUGAUUCUAUACUAGAUAACACCAGCUGCCUUUGAGAUGGUAUUGUCUAACUUACAUAUGAAUGUUGUGUUCUGUAGAGAAAUGGGAAGGCUUCAAGGGAGUGCUGCUUGCCAACCCCUUUCCAUAUGAUGACAUUUCUUCCAAAGGAAACCCUAGAUCCCAUCAGUAUAAAGCAUGGCUGCAUCUCCCCACAUGCUUAAAUAACACAAUUACUAUUUCAAGCUUCUAAGUGGAUAUCUACACUUUAUUUUCUAAACAUAAUAAUGUUGUGGGUUGCUUUUAUUAAUGGAGAUCCUGACAGAGUAUUUGUACAGCUUGUUCACUAUAGCUGCUAAUGAAUACAAAAGGAAAAACAAAGCCAGCUACUGACAAACAAUAUUAACUACUUUAAUGUAAAUUAUUAUUAGUUCUUGUCACUGUAUAUAUGAUACAGCAUUAAACAACUCUUUUACUUGCGCAGGCAUCUGAGCAAUAUUUUGUCUUCUAUGAGUUUAUGGCAGGCAGAAUCUCUUAGAUAGGGCAUGACUAUCCAGCAGCCCUCAUUCAAGCAAGACUCUCAUUGACUUCUGAGAGAAUUUUGUGUGCAGGACCAGUCCUUACUUUCUCUCCUACAGGUAGAGGAUCUUGGGGUUUUCCUUUCCUUCAUCACAGAUGUUUAGUUUUACCUUUCUGACUUCUUUCAGCACUUGUUGGCGAGGAUGCUAACAGGCGGGCAAGUAUUAUCUUUGGGGGACUGUCACAAUAAAUUGCAAGAAAAGUCAAAGUCUGAUCAGUGGUGGGGGAUGCCAAGUCCAUGAAACCAUAAGGGAAAAAUACUUAAAUAGAUUAUGUUACUUCAUGUGGCUUGCUUUAAUUUGCAAGUACACUGUUCUCAGCCAUAUCCUAUGUAUUUAAAAGACCUGUUGUCGCCCCUGUAGAUACACUGCAGCAGCAAAUAGAAGUGGGUACUGUGGGUCCUCUGAUGUUCCUUCUAGAAAAGCAGCAAGAGCACAGCACUUCAGAGUUGCCUUAAUAAAGCAAUUAAGAUACUUUCAUGACUUCUUUCUCCAAACCAAGAGGAAGGUGGAAACAAUUACUGUUGUGUGACUAUUAGUGUCUAACUUCUCACAGUAGCCUCGGUAGUUUAUACUUUAACUUGGCAGCUUUUAAGACUGACAGUGAAAUUAUUUCAUCUGUUUACUAUCACAUCCGCACACCACAUGCAAAAAUCCUGAAAGCUCAUAACUCAUUGAUAUAUUUUUUAAAAUAUAAAUAGAAUCUAUGAUUCCUGUGAUAGCCAUGAUAAACAGCUCCAAUUAUCCCUGACUGGCAGAGUGGGUUUUGUCAAAACAUGCAUGAUUAUUAUUUGUCUGACUGCAGUGCCCACAAGCCCAAAUAAUGUCCUGAAACCACACUGUGAAGGCACUAUAUGAAACAUGGUCCCCACACCAAACAGCUUACAGCUGAAGUCUAAAGCAAGAGAUACAUAGUGAAGGACAGAGAAACGCUGGGUCAGUUCAAUAGACUGUAGUCGUAGCAUAUCAUCAACUUGAAUCUUUUUCAAGUUCUUUAUAAGCAUCAAAGCAAAACAAAGUUUUAAGGAGGGAUUUGAAGAAAGAAAACGAGGUAGUCAUGGACAUUUACAGGAAGCUCAAGCUAACUGUGAGCAGGAGCAUAAGAGAAAGCAUGAAAGUAUUUGAAAAUCUAUGAAGUGGGUGAUGGAAGCAGGGGAUGAAGUGGGUGCCACAGGCUAAUUAGAGGUGUGAACUGGUAUCUUAGUACAUACAGAAUGAGAGAUGGUAGACAGGGGGGGAUAGACUGUGAAGGACUCUGAAAAUGAAGAACAGUAGCUCAAGUUUGAUCGUGGGCUUUUUUCAAGCCUCUCGUCUUGUAUAUUUGCUUUGACCUCACAUAUUAUUCCAUUAGCCUGACACCAGACAAAUCUUAAGCUCUAUCUGUUCCAAUUGAAGUCAAUAAGAAAACUUCAGUGGGAGCAGGAGCAGGCCUUUAGUCUCAGCCACCUCUUCUCAAAUUGAGUAAUGUUUUUCUUGUAAAGUAAAGAUCCACUCAGGAUGAGUAAUGAUGGUAGAAUUGGGCUUUUAGCUAUUCAUGCAAGGUGCAGAUAUUGGAGCUUCCUCCUCUACAGACUUUACAUAGAAAGGAUUUUUUUGGUUGGCUGGUUUUUGGUUUUCUGAUUUAUAUUGUUUUCCAGAUCUUCCUCUGCAGCUUUCUAAUCGUUGUUGUCAAAUAAAAUGUAAACUCUUGAAAUUGUACAUCCCUGAAAAAUAAGAAAACAGACCUUCAGUCCAGCCUUGUGAUGCAUCUCAUCUUCACUCAGUGUUCCAUAAAGGGUUGUGUCUGGGUGACAAGACAAUCCUUUAAAAAUGAAAAAGUUCACACUCUUUGAUUUUGUAAAUGAUAAUUCCCUGCAAAUUGGAGAGACCUCAUGGAUACAGGGUCUUCCUAAGGAUGACAGUGAACUAGAAAGGCUUCUGAAACUAAAUGAACAUGUGCUAGUAAACUGGCCUGUGGGAGAAAGAAAGACAGAGAAGCACCUUGUUAAAGUUAUAUACAUGAGUGAUGACCCUCAGGAGCUGGUUGAAAUGAUGCAAAAGAUAUUGCAGGCAGAUGAAAUCACAAAAAUACAAGUGCUUGGAAAAGGCAAGAGAAAGAGGAUUGAGAUGAUAUUCUCAGAAAGUGAAGACAGUGACCUGGAUAAAGAGCAGGGGAAAAUUAUGAAGAGUAUAAAAAGAAAGAAAUCAUUACAGGCCUCUGCCUCUGCCAACAUCCUGAGUCAGCUUGAAACAUCUUUAAUUAACAAGCAGAGAGAACCAUAUUCUGGAAAUUCCUUUCUGUAUAGUGAAAGCAGCAGUGAUGAUGAAGAACCCUUGUUUCAACUAUCCAAAGUGGAACUGUGCGCCAAAAUAAAAAGUCUAAAAAGGAAAUUGACAGACACAAUGAGAGAGAACUGCCGUCUAAGGCAGUCAUUGGUCAUGCUUCAAGUGUUGCCACAGGCAGUAACACAUUUUGAGGAACUGGUAGGUAUGGCUGAGGCACUGCUUAAAGGAGGAGUGAAUACAUCUACAUCCAGCCUUCAUUCACAGACUGUCUGGAAAACAUCCAGCAAUUCUUUAGCUGAUUCAUACACAACUAUCCACAGUAACUCAAAUUCACCAAUAGCUUUAAAUGUGGAGGACGAAGAACAACAGACUGAGAAACAGUUUAAAAUUGAAAAAUGGCAGAUUGCCCUUUGUAAUAAGAGCAAACCUCAGAAGUUUAUAAAUGAUUUGAUGCAAGCACUUUAUACACAUGAGUAUAUGGCCACGCACAGCCUAACAGGGGCAAAGUCCUCCUCUUCAAAGGAUAAAGCAGCAAAACCAGCUAUGAAUCAGAAUGAAGUUCAGGAAAUAAUAGGAAUCACAAAGCAGUUGUUUCCAAAUACAGAUGAUGCUUUAAUUAGGAGAAUGAUGGGACAAAAGUUAAACAAUUGCACCAAGAAGCCAAUUAUAAGCAAAGAUCUUAACUCCGUUACUUUUCAGAAGCAUACCUUUUGUUUAGAUAUGAAUUGUCUCAACAGUGGCUUACCUGCUGCUCCUCCCAGUACUCAGGGCACCAUCCCUUCGGCUCCUCUUCCCAGCACACAAGAUCAGCAGGAUGAUGAUUCACCAGCUCCUCCCUCUAACACGCAAGUUCAGCAAGGUGACAGUUCUCUGGCUCCUUCAUCUCCUAUGCUGCAAGCUCAGCAGGGCAGUUUCAAACCAGCUCCUUCCAGCACAGAGUCUCACCAAGGCAGAAGUUCUCCGGCUUUUGCUUCCAACCAGAGUUGCAGACAGGAUCUCAGGAACUCAGACAAGGAGUAAAAGUAAGCCCUUGCAGCUCGUCAGAAAGGUCAUGGAUAUUGGGGACACUAAAAAACAGGUAGGCAGUAAUGAUACUUAAUGGUGUGUUCAGAUGCUUGCAACAGUAAGCUAGGAUACUGCAAGUGGUUAGAGGUUUUGGAACAAUUUUCUGAUGCUUGAUGAAAUUCCCACAGUAUAGAAAAAAUUCAAGGCACUUCAAUAUAUUCAGAUAAGAGAUUAUUAAAUAUGUGCAUGUUAUACUGUAGUUCAGAACAUAACUUGUUCCAAAAUAAAACAAAGGUUCCCCUGAAGUCAAAUAAAAGGCACAUUAUUUAAGAGAAAUAUAAAUUCAAGAAAAAUGUUAUGUCCUUGCAUUCACAUCGAUAACAAAUGAAAAGCCUGCUAUAGGUAUCUUUAGUCUUUCAAACAGAAAUUUCUUUACUAUGAUAUAAAGGGACACAGAGAAAUUUGAAACAUGAUCAGUAAAUAAAAUGCAGGUUGUAUCCAAUAAAGUGUUAGGCUGAUGUAGGGGAAGAAAACAAGACCUCAGUGAUGCUGUUGAAUUGGCAAGCAGGUUGUAGUUUGGGGCAAUGCAACUGCCCUACAAAGGGAGGAAUGGGAGAAGGAGAAGAAAAGUCUCUUUUUUGCCCCAAAGGAGUUGGGAAGGUUCCUUUUGGCUUGUAGGCCUAUUAUAACCUGGGAUACAAUUUCUCUAGAGAGAGCGUGGAGAGAAAAAUCAUCUGGACUCUGAGGAGAACUGGAGCAGGGUGAGAGCCCAUAGUGAGCAGAGGGAGGGAGCUGUGGCAGGCACUGCAAGUAGGCUAAGGGUAGCCUUUUUUGAGAUGCUUUUUUGCAGGUGAUAGGCUAAGCCUGUUUUCUAUAAUACCAGCUCCCUGGAAUAAGUAUUUUAAAACUUCAGACCACCCUGGUCUAAAUAGGACUGUAGGUGGGCAAGAAUAGAUGCAAGGGUCCCUUUUAUCUCAGGGGAGAGAGUGUAGGUCCCAGACAUUUCUGGGGGGCCACAGUCAUGGUUUCUUGAGGCCUCUUUCCUAUUGGUUUUUAGAUGACUCACAAGUCUUAAAUAUAUCUUUCUCACUAAGCAUGAGAAUGAGGGAUUCUGCUUUAGUUUACCUGACCAAAGUUGGGGGGAAUCUGAUAAUAGUCUACAAACACUUGGAGGAUGGAAAUAUGAAUGACACAAAUUAAUUAUUUAGACUGGUUAAAGAGAUAUACAUAAUAGGAUGAAAAUGAGAGAAUAUUUAGGGUUAAUUGAAGGUCUGAUGCAUGAGACUGCAAAAUAAUCUAAGGGGAGUACUGAGUGCUAUUAUUUAUGACACAGCACUAAUAAAUGCACUAUGGAAAAGAUUCUUGCAUGGGCAGGGGUAUGAACUAAAUGAUCUAAUACAGGGGUGGGCAAAAUGUGGCCCGGGGGCUGGAUGUGGCCUGCCAGGCCAUUCUAUUUGGCCCGCGGGGCCCCUAAAAAAUUUAGAAAAUUAAUUAAUCUGCCCUGGGCUGCCUGUCAUGUGGCCCUCAAAGGCUUGCCAAAACUCAGUAAGCGGCCCUCUGCCCAAAAUAAUUGCCCGCCCCUGGUCUAAUAGGUCUUUUCUAUCCAACCUCCAUAAUUUCCUAAUAUAUAGGUUUAAGAUGGAAGCAGAUACAACAGCAUGCCUGAUGGAUGCAUCUAAUGAUGUUUACCAUCAUAUAAAAUAUAAUGGAAGGAUAUUUUGCCAUUGUAUAUAUAUUGUAAAUGUACUUGUGUAUAUAGCAUUAAUGUAUAUAGUUAACCAUAUUUUUGAAACAGCUUUCUAUAAAAUAAAAAUACAAAAACUUA